AGAAAUAUUAUGUACUAUGUCUUCUUGGUAACAGAUGUAAAGGAUUGUGUGAGAUGAGAACUGUUGAAAUGACUCGUUUUAAUCCAAAAUGUCAUUAACACUCUAUUCUCAUCUCCUGGGUGUUUGGGUUAAUGAGUUCAGGUAAACUGAGUAGCCCCACAGAACCAGAGCCAUGAAUCCCAAAUGGGAUAAGCCGAAGUCGAAGAUUUCGGCUUCCCGAAAGCUCUCCCUCAAAAUGCUCCUCCUCACCAGAGCCUGUGAGGAUCUGGAGAAGGAGAAACUAGAGCGAGAGGAAGAGAAAGUCCGCUAUCUCGGGGAGAAGCUGCCGCCAUUGCAGCUCUCAGGACUCUCUUUGGAUGAGUUGCAAAAACUGUGCAAGCAACUUCAUGAAAAAAUUGACGUUGUGGAUGAAGAAAGGUACGAUUGUGAACAUAAAGUGGUCAAACACAACAAAGAUAUUCAUGAGCUAAAAUUGAAAGUGCAGGAUCUUGGAGGUAAAUUCAAAAAGCCAGCCCUGAGAAAGGUCAGGGUGUCAGCAGACGAGAUGAUGAGGGCUCUUCUGGGAUCCAAACACAAGGGCUCAAUGGACCUCAGAGCAAACCUUAAGUCUGUCAAGAAGGAGGAUGUCAAACAAGACAAGGUUCUUACCUCUGAAGUGGGUGACUGGCGUAAAAAUGUGGAGGCGAUGUCUGGCAUGGAGGGUCGUAAGAAGAUGUUUGACACCGGCGGUGGAGCUCAGUGAGGAAAUGAGAAAAGUGGCCAAACUGAUUUUGACAGAAACAUCAAAUUCGGACAUCAAACUGCCUUUUCUUUAAAGUUCCUUCAAGUGCAUACGAUAAAAGCACUUAAAUAUGAAAAAAGCAACAUAGAACUUUUUAAAUUUCAAUAGUUUCUUUUGUUACACCUCAAAACAGGAAAAAAAAGUAAAAUAAACAAAUUUGUAUCUUGAAUUUUUCAUUUCUAUACUUGACUUUGUCCUAUUGCAUUUUUUUUGUACUCAUUGCUUAAAAAGUCAAACGCUGAUCAUGGCGAGGGAAAACAAAGGUGAAAGAUGGAGGGAGACUUUGAUUUAUUAGUUUAUUUGAAGCAUUAAUUGUAGACAAUAAAGCCAUAAAAACACACAAAUGUAUCAAACUCUUUCAGAAAUAAAAUAGAUACAUUGAGUGACAGCUUUCCAAUUUUUAAUAAUGCAAAAUUUAAAUUGAAACUUGAAAAAAGUCUGACACAGUUUUAAAACGAAUUCUAACAAAAUAUAUGUAAAUGCAAAUGUAAUUAGUAUCCUGGGAUGCCAUAUUUCUUGAUUGAAACCAAAUAGCAUGCUACACCUUUAAAGCAGUAUGUUUAGGCUGAAAGUUGAGAACGAAUUAGAAUUUUUUGUUUUAUUACAUUACGCCAUGCUUAGAAUAGGACAACUGAAAGGUUUUUCUUCAUCGUUAUUUGCUUGUUAGCCAAUUCAAAAAUAAAAUUUUUCUGCAUUUUUAGUUUUUUGUUGCUGAUUUUUUGUAAUAAACAAAUCAUAUAUCGAACCAAAACAAAAUCGUUCGGGAAAACGAAUCGAUGCAUCCCUAUUAGUUACAAUUAAAUCCUAAACAUAAGUAUAAAAUAUCAGAGUGCAUGUUGUUACCCUCUAUAAAUAAAUACUUUGGCAGGAUAGUUGGAUGAAAUAAACCACAAACAUAGUUGCUGUGUGAAUUGCAUGCAUUCCUGUGCUUCCUGUGUGCAUACAUCACUGAAACCGCCUGCUGAUGUCCACUCCCUGUCAUUUAAAGUAUGGCGGUAACACCAACAAUAGCCUCUAGGUCUUUAGUAGUGACUACACAGGAGCCGCUAUGUAUUUAUAUGUGCCUGUUUUAGAAAGGUGUGCCUGAGUUCACUAGCAAUAAGCACGCACCACAUGGAGGCUAAAAAAAGUCCUGAUGUUGUGUAUAUUGUAUUUAUUUCACAAAAAUUUGCUCCAAAAACCAAACCAGACACUGGUAAAGACCCAUUUUGGUCCCAAAGGACUAUUCAGCUUCAGCUUGUGUUUUUUUUCUUUUUUUUUAAUAAAAUAAAACCUUUCAAACUUCA